UCUCUCUCUCUCUCUCUCUCUCUCUCUCGCUCUCGCCCUGGACCCUGCCCCUUUGGGCUGCAGUUGUUGGUGACGGGCACUCCUUCCAGAAAUUUCCUGCACGAUUCAUGGUCGUCGCUGUAAUUUAGUCUUUCCCCUCGAAAAGCUAAUAAAAACACAGGAAAAGGGGAACCACCCGCCAAGAGAGAGGAGAGAGCUACUGCCUCAGCAUGGACGUGCUCCCUACCACUCGCCAACUUAUCAGACUGCCAUGCCACUGCUCCUCCUCUUGCCAACAAACCGCCUUUCUGAGUUUAAGGGCCAUAUUUUCUCCAAAUGGCAGAGGAGGAAGAAAGCUAAGCAGCAGCAGCUGUAAGUUGCCGGCUUCUGCCAAGAAGCUCAGCGCCGUCAAGGCCCAAGCUGCCCCAACAGUCAUGGAGACGACCAGCAACAAUCCCCAAGUGCCGGUUCAGCAGAGCGCGUGGCUUUAUGAUGAAUAUGGUGGUGUAGAAGUGUUGAAGUUCAGUUCCAGCGUCUCGGUGCCUGAAAUGGGGGCCGACCAAGUCCUCAUCAAGGUGGUAGCUGCUGCACUCAACCCUGUUGAUGCAAAGAGGAGGCAAGGCAAAUUCAAGGCCUCUGAUUCUCCAUUACCUACUGUUCCGGGAUAUGAUGUAUCUGGAGUGGUGGUAAAAGUUGGGACUCAAGUCAAGAAUUUCAAGGAAGGAGAUGAAGUAUAUGGGAAUAUAAACGAGAAGGCUUUGGAAAAUCCAAAGAAGUAUGGAUCGAUUGCAGAGUACACUGCUGUGGAGGAGAAACUGUUGGCUCUAAAGCCCAAGAACCUAAACUUCCAUCAGGCUGCUGGACUGCCCCUUGCAAUUGAAACUGCAUAUGAAGGUCUCGAAAGAGCAGGAUUUUCUGCAGGUAAAUCAAUCCUUGUGUUGGGAGGCGCUGGUGGAGUUGGAAGCUUGGUGAUCCAGCUAGCUAAGCAUGUGUUUGGUGCCUCGAAAAUUGCUGCAACAUCAAGUACUGGGAAACUGGAUCUGUUGAAGAGCUUGGGUGCUGAUGUUGCAAUUGACUACACAAAGGUUAACUUUGAGGAGCUUCCUGACAAGUAUGAUGUUGUCUAUGACGCAGUUGGGCAGUGUGACAAAGCUGUUAAAGCAGUCAAGGAAGGGGGCAGCAUCGUUGUACUGACGGGUGCAGUUACUCCGCCUGGCUUUAGAUUUGUUGUAACCUCUAAUGGUGCAGUUUUGGCAAAACUUAAUCCGUAUCUGGAGUCUGGAAAGGUGAAGCCGGUGGUGGAUCCUAAGGGACCAUUUGAGUUUUCGAAGGUGGCAGAAGCUUUCUCUUAUCUUGAGACUGGCAGAGCUACUGGAAAAGUGGUCAUCUCUCCCAUUCCGUAAACUGUGGUUGUUCCAUUCUUCGUGUGGUGCUUCAGACUGUCGGCAGUUGGUAGAGUUGUCUCUAUGUAAGCCUUGAACCCCCCGAGUCCCAAUCAAUAAACAUGGUAGCCUUGAGUUCCAUGUGUUCCUGUCAAUUAAUACAGAAAGCUCUUUGCACAA